AUGAGCUUGGCACAGGAACCAAUGACUAGCGAGGAGUUUUAUAUUAAUUUGGCCACAUCAGUUUGUUUAGUUUUGGCGGGUGGGGUGUUUGCAGGAUUAACUCUUGGAUUAAUGGGUCAAGAUGAAGUUUAUUUGAAAGUCAUUGCUACCUCUGGCGAACCUAUUGAAAGGAAACAUGCUAGAAAAGUAUUGAGAUUAAUCAAUAGAGGUAAACACUGGGUACUUGUGACUCUUUUAUUAUCAAAUGUUAUUACAAAUGAAACCUUACCGAUUGUUUUAGAUAGAUGCUUAGGUGGAGGUUGGCCUGCCGUAGUGGCGUCUACAGCUGCCAUUGUUGUAUUUGGAGAAAUCAUUCCUCAAUCCAUUAGUGUUAGAUAUGGCUUGCAAGUAGGGUCUAUGUUUGCUCCGUUUGUGUUGAUCUUGAUGUAUAUCAUGUACCCCAUUGCAUAUCCUAUUGCCAUGUUAUUGGACUAUUUAUUAGGUGAAGAUCACGGUACAGUGUACAAGAAGUCCGGGUUGAAAACCUUGGUCACCUUACAUAAAACUAUGGGGGUUGAAAGAUUGAAUCAAGAUGAAGUGACUAUCAUCAGUGCUGUGUUGGAUUUAAAAGAGAAACCUGUUAGUGCUAUCAUGACUCCAAUCGAUAGAGUUUAUACUAUGAGUGCGGACACAGUACUUGAUGAAAAAACUGUUGAUGAAAUCUUUCAAGCGGGGUUCUCUCGUAUCCCUGUUCAUUUACCCAAUGAACCUCUGAAUUUCAUCGGGAUGCUUUUGGUUAGGGUUUUAAUUAGUUAUGAUCCAGAAGAUGCUUUGACGGUUGCUUCGUUCCCAUUGGCUACUUUACCGGAAACGUCAGCUGAUACUUCAUGUUUGAACAUCUUAAAUUAUUUCCAAGAAGGUAAAUCCCAUAUGAUAGUUGUUAGUGAACAUCCAGGUGAACCAUUGGGUGCACUUGGGGUCUUAACUUUAGAAGAUGUGAUUGAAGAGUUGAUUGGUGAAGAAAUUGUCGAUGAAUCGGAUGUAUAUGUUGAUAUUAAUAAGAAUAUCAAGAGGAAAAUUCCUGGCCCGUUAUCUAAAAGGAACUUGACUCAGUAUUUGCAUACUUUGUAUCAGAAUGCUCUGACAUCUUCGAAGAGAAAUUCAAUUGAUAAUACUGUUCAUCACCAAUUACAUCACCCCAAUCCACAAUAUACUCUUGGUGGUGAUCCUGGUUCUGGAUCUCCAUAUUUGGCUGCACCUUAUAACACUAACUCUCCUUUAUUACAAGCUGUUGAUAGUUCUAAGAAUUGGAUACCCAGAAAUCCUGCUUCCAAUCCUUUAGAAACGAACAAAACCUUUGUGACAAUCAAGAAACCCGUUGGCCGAUUGCAUUCAGCUACCAACUUGACUCCAAAUGGAAGUCCUGGUGCAGGUGGGAACAUUUACCACCCUCAAUCACCUUUAGGAAAGCUAACAGCGAAUAAUAAUAAUGGUAAUAAUAAUCAGAACAAUAGUAGUACGGGUUCACCAAGUAUCCAUGACCAAGUUAUCCCUGCACCUGAUCGCCCUGCACCUGGGAAUGGAUAUGGAGCAAUUCAUUUAACUGAAGAAGGUGCUCUUCGACAUGCAGCUGAUAUUGACAGUGGUGUGGAUCAUCAACACCAGUUUCAAUAUGGAGCAGAGGAAGGAGAAAACAACAGUUCUCAAGGAGGUAUGGAAAUACCGGAGGGGUUCCAAUAUGAGAACUUGGCUCAUCAACUGUUCCGUAGUAGUGGUAUUGUUGAGAGUGUGGUUAAUGUUCAAGGUGUUCACAAAACAAUUAUCGAACAUUAUAGUGGAAAUGAAGAUAAUGGAGAUGAAGUAGACUUGCUACUUUUGAAUGAAGAUGUUAAGAGGAAGAAAAAGAAGAAGAAGUCAAAGAAGCUUCAGAGUAAAUCAAAGAAGAAGCAAGAUUCUCCUGUUUCUGGUAGCAAGAGCGAAUUGGAUGAAGGAUUCCAAUCAAGUCUAGCUAAUAGUGUUGCUAGUUCUGUAUCACUUACCACCAAACGAAGUCCUGCCAGUGAGAAUACCAAUGCUGAACUGGCUUCUGGAAGUGAUGAAGGGAAUCAUGGAACUCGAUCCCGUCGCCCAAGUGUUUGGGAUCGGUUUUUAGGUUCAGCAACACCCGAGAAAUCAUAG